AUGGCCGAGCAGCCAAGAGUCGACGUUGAUACAGAAAAAAAAAAGAUACAGACCAUACAGCAACAACAACAAAAAGUAUCUGAUCGAUCUUCUCCCAAUCAAAUUACCCCCACUCGAAUUAUUUCCACAGGCCCAGCAGCAGCAAGACAGACAGGCGGAGGAGGACUUGACAGACUGAAAGCAGGAGCGACGAUGCCUUCUCUAUCUCGACUGACUCGGAGCUACGAACGAGCCUUCAAACAUCAUCCCUCACUCACCUUGGCCAUCACCAACGGAUGUCUCAAGUGUCUCGGCGACUUCUUGGCCCAAUAUCUACCGGCUUUCUCUUCCGGUCAACCAUUCGUCUUGGACAUCCAUCGGUCGUUGCGGUUCUUCCUCUUCGGAUUCCUUCAUGGGCCGUGUGUUGGGAAAUGGCAUGAAUUUCUAGAGCGACGGAUACCAUUAACCGGAGGCCGAGCGACCAGUAAUAAUGGAGUGACUGAGCCGGGGGCGACUCCGGAGAUGGAGCAAGAAGAUUUACGACUGAUCGAGACGGAGAAAUCGCUGACGAGUCAUCGGCCGAUCUCGAUCCGGAGCCGAUCGACCACCGGACCAGAACACCAUCCUGGCCCGCUCAGAGGCCUCUCUAACUCCGACGCCCCACUCUCCUCCUUCCCUCACAACAACAAUCAGCAUCUUACUGGUUUGAGUAAACUCGGUAAUCCGACUAGGGCGGCCGCUACCGGUUUCAGAGUCUUCGGCCUCCUCAAACGUAUCCUGUUGGAUCAGUUGCUUAUGGCUCCUAUAUAUACCUUCCUCUUCAUUUCGUUGACGGGUUGGUUCGAAGGUUUAAGUAUCCCUGAAAUCCAGCAAAGAUUGCGCCAACUAUAUUGGUUCCUAUUGACUGCUAAUUGGAAGAUUUGGCCGCUUAUUCAGAUCUUUAAUUUCAGCUUCAUGCCUCUCCAAUACCGAGUACCAUGGCAAGGCUCAUGCGGAGUGUUAUGGACGGUUUUCCUAAGUCUGAGCACCCAUUCCUCGACGCAUUACAGCAGCAGUACGACCACAGUCGAUCCAACCGGCCCAACACUCGUCGCUUCUACACUCUCUAAACUGUUCAAAUCUGGCAACUCUAGCGCCUCCGAUCCUCACCUCAUCUCCUCUAAUCAUCUUGCUAACUCUUCCUCUGCCCCCUCCUCCUCCUCCUCCUCCAACGACCCCUCCUCCCCUAUCAAACGCAAAAAUAAUCGCGUCAUCGGAUGA